GUUCCGUCUGGGACUUUAAUCCUCUGCCGCAGCCGCCGAGUGGAGGAGGGGGGGCACCGGAGCACCGUCAUGAACAUCGAGGCUAACGGCUAGCAAGACCCCCCUCUAAAAGAAAAGAUGGGAAAAGGGAAGAUGUCAGACCGCUUUCGGUGCUAAACGAGCUUCUUGUCAAACGUUUGCUUCGGAAGCAAACAGGGCGGCUUCUGCUGCGGGUUCUGCUGCGGGUUCUGCUGCCAGUGCGGCCCGGCCGGCUCGUCCUGUCACCAAAACAUGCCGGGGUGUCGGGGGUGACACAUUCUCACACACCCCCGACCACCGAGCAGGAAAAAAUCGCUACAAAGCCACAGCAGCUCGUCGGCGCCGGAUCACCAGAAUCGGAACCGGCAGAGAGGCUUCGAGCCAGCCCGCCUGUGACCUUCAAGGGGAGUUCGGUACUCAGAGGAGGACGCCAAUACUUCCGUGAAACACCGCAAGAUCCAGAUGGACUCCCCCGGAACCCACCACGUCAACAACGGCAACAUGUUGUCCGGGGGUCUCGGCGCCGCCUUCCCGAACCUCCCCGCUCAGGAGAUGCAGAGCACCGGCGGGGGCUCUCCCUCGCCCUCCCUCCCGGGUUUCGGCACGCCCUGGUCGGUGCAGACAAGCUCGUCGCCCCCUCCCGCGCCUCCCUCCUUGGGCUCCCUCCACGCCGUCAACCAGCUGCCCAGCACGGAGUCAGACAGCAGCUUCUACACGGGGAUCCCGUCCUCCAUCAACCCGGCCUUUUUCCAGAGCUUCUCCCCCGUGUCUGCUAAUCCGUGCGCCGGGAUGAACGUGCAGGGCUUCGGCGGUCCCUUCACGGUCCCGCAGCAGCCUCAGCAGAGCCGCAGGUCCCCCAUUAGCCCUCAGAUGCACCCCCAGCACGGGGCCUUCCUGCAGCAGAGGAACAACUACAACCAAGGCCACCAGCCCGUGGCGAAGACAUCACCCUGGGGGGGCCACCAGGGUAACGGCUGGAGCUCUGGCGGGGCGUCAUGGGGCUGGGACCACCGCAGGGGCGGCCACGCCUCACCCCUCAAGAAGGCCUUCCAGAGCAACGUCAUCGCUCCGCCCAAGUUCCCCCGUGUUGGAGGGUCACUGGGGCCCAAGUCGUGGAUGGAGGAGAACGUGUUCCGCACCGACGGCAACAGCAACGCCUUGUUACCCCUGCAGGAGCGCUCCAGGAUGUACGAGAGUCUCAACAUGCACUCCCUGGAGAGCUCUCUGAUUGACAUCAUGCGGGCCGAGCAGGAGCCCAUGAAAGCAGGUCGUGUUGGAUGUCCAAACCCGACAGCAGACGGGCUCCUGAUGCUGAACGCCAGGAGCUAUGGGAGACGCCGAGGACGCUCGUCUCUUUUCCCAAUCGAGGACAAUCUCCUGAAUGAUAGCCAUGGCAACCAGGGUGUCCCAGGAGUGUUGGGCUCCACCAGCUGCUACCCCCAUCAGAACGGGGAACGCAUGGAGCGCUUUUCCCGGAAGGUGUUUGUGGGCGGGCUGCCGCCUGACAUAGAUGAAGAUGAAAUAACCUCCAGCUUCCGCCGCUUUGGUCACCUGGUGGUGGAUUGGCCACACAAAGCCGAGAGCAAGUCCUACUUUCCACCAAAAGGAUACGCCUUCCUGCUGUUCCAGGAGGAGACGUCAGUGCAGGCCUUGAUCGAAGCCUGCAUGGAGGAGGACGGCAAGCUCUACCUGUGUGUCUCCAGUCCCACCAUCAAGGAUAAACCGGUGCAAAUUCGCCCAUGGAACUUGAACGACAGCGACUUUGUGAUGGAUGGAUCACAACCCCUGGACCCCCGCAAGACCAUCUUUGUGGGAGGAGUCCCUCGCCCCCUCAGAGCAAUUGAGUUGGCCAUGAUUAUGGAUCGCCUCUACGGCGGCGUCUGCUACGCGGGGAUCGACACCGACCCGGAGCUCAAGUACCCCAAAGGGGCGGGACGGGUGGCCUUCUCCAAUCAGCAGAGCUACAUUGCCGCCAUCAGUGCCAGAUUUGUACAGUUGCAACACGGCGACAUUGACAAGCGGGUGGAGGUGAAGCCAUACGUGCUGGACGACCAACUGUGCGACGAAUGCCAGGGCGCUCGCUGUGGUGGGAAGUUUGCUCCCUUCUUUUGCGCCAACGUCACCUGCUUGCAGUACUACUGCGAGUUCUGCUGGGCCAACAUCCACUCACGCGCCGGCCGGGAGUUCCACAAGCCGCUGGUCAAAGAGGGUGCGGACCGCCCACGCCAGAUCCACUUCCGCUGGAACUAAGAGGUGCACGGGCGGGUCUGCCGAUCAGUAGGAACCCCUAACACUGAACGGUGUGUCAUCCAUUCUCAAUAGCGCUUUAGCUUUUGUAGCCGUCACAAGCCUCGUUUCUCCACCACCUUCACGUCCCAGGCUCUGACGACGACUCCUUUUGUGGUACUGUCAUCUUUUUCUUAAGAGGACAUUUUCCAAAAGAGAAAUUGAGUUUUAUAAAUUUUUUUAAUUCUUAUUUUUCUAUGUGAAAUGAGAGGAAGAUGUGGGGAAUGAUUGUGCAUGGGGGCAGGAAGGGGGCAGUCUACUAUUGCGCUCGCUGCUAGCCCCUCCCAAGUGAGCGACCAGCGAGGUCGCCUGCCAAGGACAGGAACCAAAGGUAGCCAAAAUGAUAGGACGCAUACAGCUGACACGCUUUUAAAGACGCCAAACUACGGAGCGCCAGCCUCCUUUAGACACGGAUCAGGAAUCAGAGCCGUAACAGACGUUCUAGAAAGGAUAAUGCUGCAAUGGUGUAUAUUUUUACACAACAACAUGACAUCCUGCAACUAGCAGGAUAGCCCCUGGUGCCACGUCUAAAAUGCAGUGGAACCUCGGUUUUUGUUCGUAAUUCCUUCCAAAAGGUCAGAUGAAAAUGGAGACCUACACAAUUUUUACCGUACAUCAAUCCAAUUAACCUAAAAACAUGAAGAAAAAUAAGUUUUACAGAGAAUAACUAUAGUGUUACAUGCAGUACACAAUGCAAAAAACAUGGCUUCCCAUGGAACUCUCCCAUGGAGCUCUCACAGGAUCAGGUUGACCUCCAAACCGGAGUCCAUGGUUCGGAAAAGGAUGGAGUGCCAUCCCUGGGUCCUGGGUCGGGAUGAGAUCUUGCCCCAAGUGGAGGAGUCUAAGUACUUUGGGUCUUCACGUUCUUGGCCGACUCUGGCCGCUGAUUCGAGUCGCGACUGAAAGCACAAGAUCGUGGGCACAAACGGCCCAAAUGAGUUUCCUCUGUCGGGUUGCUGGGAUGUCCUUUAGCCAUAAGACGAGGAGGAAGGACUAUUUUCCCGGGAGAAGCUACACAUUGAGAGGAGCCAGAGGAGGUGGCUCGGACAUCUGGGGAGGUGUUCAGGGCACAUUCCACCAGUAGGAGGCCUCAGAGAAGACCCAGAACACUUCGGGGAGCCUCUUAACUGGCCUGGGAAUGGCUGGGAUCCACUGGGAGGACCUGGGAGGAAAGAGGCUGCUGCCCCUGCGACCCUACCUCGGAAGGCGAUAGAUGGAUGGAAAACAAUCCAGAACAAUUAAAAAUCUGGAACUUAUUGUCGAUGUGGACUUCCCGUACAUCCUGGCGAGAUGGAAAUCAAUAUUUCUCGUUUCUCAGCUUCUUUAUCAAAUUGCUGGCACCCACAAAUGUCUUUGGCCCCAUGACAGGUUAUUUAGAAGUCACGGUGAAUCUGCAACUUGUCGGGCAAAAUGGGAACACCGUUUCACAGAACUUGUUUCUUAAGUGCAAUAUGGUACGAAAACUGAGGCAACAUUUUUGGCAAAAUGUUUACGAAAUCCGAAUCUUACCAAAACCUGGUCGGACGGUGAGUAUAAGAUGUUCCACUUCCAACACAGGCAGACCCCCCACCUCUGUUACGACUCUGACACUACCUCUGCUCGGCUCGUACUGCGUUGGUGCAGUAUAUCCUGCAGUAUAUCCAACUGUGACUCAUAAAAUACAUAGCGACUAUCCCUUCUUUUCGCUUGGCGACUAAAGAUGCAGAGAUACCUCUGAGUUGGCUGAUACCUCCGGGUUCCUGCUCACUGCAUUCGUCAACAUUUAUACACAACAAGCUACUCUAGGAACGUUGCUGCUACUAAGAAAUACAAACAUAUAUGUAUAUAUAUAUAUAUAUAUAUAUAUAUAUAUAUAUAUAUAUAUAUAUAUAUAUAUAUAUAUAUAUAUAUAUAUAUAUAUAUGUAUAUAUAUAUAUAUAUAUGUAUACGAGUAGUUGUGUAGAUAAAAUAUUUAAUGCCGUUUCCAAAGCAAACGUGUAAAUACAAAAAGAAAUGCUGUGAUGCACUUACAGCCUCUGAUGCCGUGGGGAGGGUGGGGGGUGCAUGUUUGGAUGAGCGAGCAUGCAAGGAAAGUCAGGAGAGAUGAAAGAAGAACAAUGAGGAAUAAGAAAAGACAAAUGGGUUGGAAGUAGCAUGAGCAUCAAGGGGCGUGGCUUUGGAAAUCCAUUGGAAAUAAUACUAGGAAUUUGGAAAAGGCAGACUUAUUUAUACUUGCAUGCUGAUGUUGAUGUUUAUCUGUCGUUCCAGCCGUUUACAACAAAGCGUGAUUCUGCUGUAGACGUUUAGUGGACGCCGUGGCGGCUUGUAUGGCAACAAAAACAAAAAGCGGUGUUCAGUGGUUGUGUGCGUGUGUGUGAUGUCGUCCAUGUGUUGUGUGUGUGUGUGUGUGUGUGUUCGUGUAUAAACCAAGGCUCUGGUAAUCAUACCAACAUCGCCCGAUGAAGGCUGUAUUGUUUCCCAUUCUGAAAAUAUUACGGGACAAUCUGUGUUGGAGUUCCGCCCCCGCUGGCCUACCUGCUACUGUACUGUUAGUGUGUCAUCAUGGUUUACUGCUUAACACUUGAUUUACUUCUUCAUUGUUUGUUCACUACUUCCCUUCACUGGACCUCCCUGAUUGCUUUGAAAAAAUAAUUAUGCACUACUUUUAUGAUGUAACCUUCUUAGUGACCCUCAAGUGAUCGAAGUGCAGAUUCUCUUAUUUGUUGUCCUUCUGAGAUCUGUUCAAGCUGUUGGUCUUAAGUUAUCUGUAUGAUUGGAGAAGAAUUCAAUCAUUUGCUAAUACAGGGUGACCCAAAAAGAUGCGUACCCAUGAAAAUUUCAAUUGUGACUUUGAUUAAAAAGCUAUUUAUUUCAAAUUACAACCACACAUUAUUCAGUUUAUGGAAGACCAUUCACCAGAGUUUCAGCUAUUUCUGUCAAUUUUUAGUCAAUUUAUGGCUUUCCCAAGAUGUGUUCCAAAUGUCCACCAUUCCGUUGCAAGCAAACCUGUACUCGUCUGACACAGUUGUCAAUCACUUUUACACACUCCUCUUUCGGGAUGAACACGCCGCAGUGACUCCCUUGUCAUUCCGAGUUCUUGGCUGCGUCUACGCACUGAUUUCCUAGGGCUGCGUCCUACUGAGUCCCUGUUUUCUUCUGUCCUUGCACUCUUUUUCCUGCCUGAAUAAGUUCCCCCUUGGCUUUAGAACAUAAGUUCACUACAGUCCCAUGCUCUCUGAACUUCGUAACCCAACUAACAAUCGUUGAUUUUGGUGGAAAGUUGCGACAAUGGAAACGUAUAUCGAAUAAAAUAUGGGUACGCAUCUUUUUGGGUCACCCUGUAUAUUACAUGCUGUCGGAACCUGCAGAGAUGUUUACAAGGAUCUUCCAUUCUAUGGACCGUAUAUUUCAAUAUAGGCGGGAAGGGGUAGGUGAAAUAAGAUAUGCCUUUAUUCGUCCCUCAGUGGGGAAAUUUGCAAUGGAAUGGAAAUGAUUGAGGUAUUGUGAUGUUAAAAUGAACGUUGGAUCCUGGAUAUUGGCAGAAAAACCUGACAGGAAUAUCAUGGAAGUGUCACCCCCGUCAUUUUUCUUUGUGAUUUAUUAUUUUCUCACACUUAAAUGUUUCAGAUCAUCAACCAAAUUUGAUUCGUCAAUGACAACACAAGUGAACACAAAAGGCAUUUUCUUAUGUGAAACUUUAUUAUGAAGGGAGAACAACAAAUCCAAAGCUCCAUGUCCCUGUGUGAAAAAGUGAUUGCCCCCUAAAGCUAAUAACUGCAAUCAAGUAUUUGUGAUAACUUGCAAUGAGUCUCUUCCAGUGGAGGAAGUUUGGCCCAUCAUCUUUGCAGAAUUGUUGUCAUUCAGCCACAUUGGAGGCACAAGGGUCAGGACCCUUGACAUCAUUUGGUUUUUCUUCAGAGGUGGACUUGCUGCUGUGUUGUGGAUCAUUGUCCUGCUGCAGAACCCAAGUUGGUCUCAGCUUGAGGUCGAUGAUGUUUUUUUUCUGAAAUUUUUAGUUGAGCAGUGCAGGCCUUUUUGGCUCAGGGUUUUUCUUCAGGUGGAUUCAUGAACACUGCAAUUGUUUGGAUGUUGUUGUGGUGUCUUUUGUGACCUCUCAGAUGAGUCGUCGCAGAGUUCUUGAGGUCAUUUUGGUUGGCCGGCCACUCCUGGGAAGGUUCACUGCCGUUCCAUAUUUUUGUGGAUGAUGGCUCUCACUGUGGUUGGCUGGAGUCCCAAAGCUUUAGAAAUGGCUUUAUAACCUUUUCCACCUGAUAUAUCUCAGUUACUUUCUUUGUGGGGAGGAGGCAAUCACAUUUUUACACAGGGCCAUGUAGGUGUGGAGUUCUUAUUUCACUGUUAAAUUCAAAAUUUCGACUGUUCCACGGGCCAAUACAAAAGGAGCUGGCUGUGGGCUGCACUUUGGACACCCCACAGAUAACACCGACCAAGUAUAGGAACUUUGGAAGUCUGUCAUCUUUUGUUUGUGUCCACCAUCACGCGCGUUUAAUUAGCACGGCAAGCGCCUUGAACGCCUUCUCUUUAGCUUCCAAACACACAGCAGCUGCAAAGCACAAAGCAAGGCCAUAGUUACGGGGCCGACUGACUCCACAGGAAUGAAACCGAAACUAAUUUCAUUAUGUACUGAGAUCUACAAAUCACAUGGUGUCCAAUCAUCACCAUUGUUAUUGCUGACAUCUAUUUCAGUGAAUGCGAGGUUUUAUUUGUCGCAAUUCUUCAUGGACUUAACAUUGUACAGUUGUCUUUCGACGUGAUGUGGCGAAAAUUAAGCACGCUUGGAGUACACCUCAACUUCAAACUUUGACUCCCGUGUCAGUUUUUGUCGUCAGCAGGUUCGGAGAACGUGUCAUAUUCUUGUGAUGUAUUGUUUCAUCUCUUCACCUGAAACACUUGACUGGUGUGCUUUUUACUUCUGUUCUUUGUGCUUUGACUUUGUUCCGUGUGUGGUCUGUUUUGUAAAAGAAAAAGAUAUCAUAUUUAUUUUCACUAUUUUUGUAGACAAAAAACUAUUUGAUUUUGAUUGUAUUUUUCUAUUUCAAUAUGACUAUUAUACCGUCUAUCCGCCCCCCACCCCUCCAGUGCUGAAUUAUUUUGUUCCAAGACAAGACAAAGAAUCCGCUCACAUCCACGAUGUUUUUGAUAUGAUUCUUAUUUUCAUACACACUUGACAUUUCACUUGAAGGCGAGGCAACAGGAAGGUUUUAUUCUAUUCUUGGAAGACACUUGAGAUUCUCCCGCUUUGAAACUUGAAUAUAACACAUUUUGAAAGGCUGACUAACCUCGAAUCUGUGUUGUGAUGUGCAAUACUGUUUCUAAUGUUUGUAUAAAAGUAUGAAUUACAGUGUAAACCUUUUUAAGAUGCAGAUUUAUUUUUUUCAUUGCAUAUUUUGCAGAUUUCUGAUCCACAGUGUCAUUUUUUUACUGUCCGGAUGAAAAAAAUAAGACCCCGUUUUUUCAUUGCAACUAUUUUUAAACCCAGAUAUCUUUGUACUGAUGUAAAUGAUUGUAGUUAUUUUGGAUAGUGUUUUGCUAACAAAAGGAGAGACUUUUUUCCAUGCAUAUUUCUAUUUCCUUUUGACCUUCUUUCAAGCCACCUUUUUCUUUCACCCAAUAGUAGCAGGAUUCCUGGAAGUCUUCUUGAGAGUCAUUUGUAUGAUUUUGUAUUUGUAUAUGGGAAAACAUGAUGUGUAUAUGUAUCAUUUUAAAGGAAAAAUGCACUUAAAAACAGAGACAUGAACACCCAUGUCUUUCACAUGUCGUGUGUUGUAAAGAUAUACAAACAGCUACAAUGACAUUAUUAUUAUUAUUAUUAUUGUUAUUAACAUUGUUACACCCAAGAACUACGUUACUGGUGUAGUGACACCUCCCCACGCCACACCAGCUAGCUACAAUGCCUCAGGCCACAAGCAAAAGGCAACACUACAUAAUGGAGGCGCCGCCACUGCUUAUGUCUUUUUGUUUUUAAGUUAACGCUCGGUGAGAGUUCCUUUCUGUGUUGCUAUGUGAAUCAAUGCACCCAGGUAGGAAGUUCUGCUAAUGCUUAAUAACACCAAAAUAUGGCCAACUACUGUAAAGUUCUCAUGAAUGUACUCGUUACUAGUACAUCCUCACAGUUGGAGGUGUUUUAAUAGUGUGCCCCAAUAACUGCCUCUUUUUCGCUGUUUUUAUGUCUUUAGAACACACAGACAAGUCACAUAAGGAGAUGAAAUUUGAAAAUUUGAAAAAAUGAAAAAAGUGCACUUUCCUUUAAGAUGCCAAUUGCAGAGAAAUGAUUUGAAUUCUUUUGAAGCUAAAUAGUUCUCAUUUUUCCAAAUCCGAGUUUGUGUAUAGGCUCUCAAAAGUGGAUGAAGAGGUGUUCCAUCAUAAUUAUUACUGAAUGGAUCUCCAGUAUGCAGAAAUGAAUAUGGUGUUUAUUUUGAUUUGGGUUUGUUUUGUAUUGAACUUGUGUGUUGAUUGCAAUCUUUUUUGUUUCACUUCCUAAAUAAAGGCCCAUUCUGU